GAUUCGAGAGUUCAUUGAGCCGGUUCAAUCAUUCAAUUUUGGAAUUAUUACUGAUAGUGCAUUGUUUCAGUUAAAUAAAACUAAAAAAGCCUGUUCAAGUCAGUUGUUUAUGCAUCGUGAGGGCUAACGUUAGUAGUUAAUGUUGGGUCGCCAACGGUAUAACCAUGAGUAACAAGAAGCCUCUAUCAAAAAGUGAAAAGUUGAAAAAUGAUAGGAAAAACGAAAAAAGAUCUUCUUCAAUGAUAAAAAAAUCCUACAUCUUACUGGCUAUAUUCAUAGCCAUCUCAUCAGCAACAAUGUAUGGCUUCAAAAGGUUGACAACACCCCCAGAAACACCUAAAGUUGACCUGCAGCAAUGGUGGGGAAAAUAUCCCAUAGAUAUGAAAAAGGACACAUCCAUAAAACCUUACAAAAUUGAGUUUUCCGAUGUUAUUGUCAAUGACCUGAAGGAACGCCUUCUCCACCGACGUUCCUUCACACCUCCUCUAGAAAACGCCGGCUUCACAUAUGGCUUUAACACUCACUUCCUGGCCCAAGUGCUGGACUUCUGGCAAAAUAAGUACAACUUUAAGGAAAGGGAGCAGUUCUUGAACAAAUAUGACCAUUAUUUGACUAAUAUACAAGGCUUGGACAUACAUUUCUUGCAUGUUAAGCCUAAACCACCACCAAAUGUCACUGUGGUACCAAUAUUACUCAUGCAUGGAUGGCCAGGUUCAUUCCGGGAGUUCUAUGAACUUAUACCAAAGCUGAUCACACCCCGCCCAAACCAAGAUUUUGUGUUUGAAAUUAUUGCUCCCAGUAUACCAGGGUUUGGCUAUUCUCAGGCACCAGUAAGAGCGGGCAUGGGCCCAAUAGAAGUGUCAGUUAUAUUCCGCAACCUCAUGGCUCGUAUUGGCCAUGAGAAGUACUACAUACAAGGAGGUGACUAUGGAUCCGCCAUAGGCUCUGUGAUGGCAACACUGUUCCCUGAACACAUCCUAGGUUACCAUACUAACAUGCCUAUGUUGGGAUAUAAUGCGAUGGUCACUAUUUAUACUUUGUUAGGUUCAGUAUGGCCCAGUUUCAUAGUGGAACCCGAGCUGGCAGACCGCAUGUAUCCGCUCAGCAAACACAUGUCGAAGAUUGUCGAGGAGUCUGGAUAUUUCCACAUACAAGCCACCAAACCUGACACUGUUGGAGUGGCCCUCUCAGACUCCCCAGCUGGUUUAGCAGCAUAUAUCCUGGAGAAGUUCUCCACUUGGACCAACAUGGACUACAGGAAGUCUGCCGAUGGGUCUUUGCUGAACAAGUUCUCUCUGACCCAUUUGUUGGAUAAUGUCAUGAUCUACUGGGCCUCUAAUACUAUUACCAGUAGUAUGAGGCAUUAUGCUGAAGGAUAUAAGCAAUUGAUGCUUACUGAUCAAAUCCCUACAGACGUCCCAACAUGGGGCAUAAAGUUCAAACACGAAAUAAGCUUCUUCCCGGACAGUAUUCUCAAGCUAAAAUACAAGAACUACCUACACAGCUCUAUAGUUGAAGAUGGCGGUCACUUCCCGGCUAUGGAACUGCCUGAUGUACUCGCUGACGAUAUCUUUGAUGCUGUGCAUACGUUUAGGGAGUUCCAUUCUGGAGGACAACACACGCCUGCACAAAAAGUUGUAAUCCAUCCAGAAGUGGACUACGAAAAGGCAAAAACAGUCUACGAGUUCACAGUCAAGGACUCCAAAGGUCAAGAUGUGAAACUCGACAAAUACAAAGGAAAGGUUCUUAUUAUAGUUAAUGUAGCGUCCCAAUGCGGUUAUACCAAUGUACAUUAUGAACAACUUAACCAACUGCAUGAGAGAUACAACCAGAAAGGUCUUCGGAUCUUAGCAUUCCCCUGCAAUCAAUUUGGAGGUCAAGAACCUGGCUCUAUGAAAGAAAUCCUCCAAUUCACAAAGCAGAAGAAAGUCAAAUUCGACCUCUUUGAGAAGAUAGAAGUAAAUGGAGACAAUGCUCAUCCUCUAUGGAAGUUUUUGAAGAAAGCCCAAGGAGGUUUAAUGGGUGAUUUUAUUAAGUGGAACUUUUCGAAGUUCAUUGUUGAUAGAAAUGGGAUACCAGUUGAAAGGUUUGGCCCUAAUACCAAUCCUUUAGAUUUGGAACCUUAUUUGGCUAAGCUUUGGGGCUAGUUUGUUAGUUUUCCAUAAGUCCAUAGUGUAAUGGCAAUGGUGGUGUAAGUACAUGUCACUUGGUGAAAGAGUUUUGCGUAUUUUAUUCAAAGUAUUUGUAUAAACUAUUUUGGCUCAAAGACAAAAUUGUAGUGACCAUUUGAAAAUGUGUCGAUAAAUAUGGGUAUAGCAAAAACUUUUUGUACAGGGACAAAAAAAGUUUUUUAUGUAACUUUUACACAAAUAUUUUAGAUCUCAAGAUGUUUUUAACUCUAUAAAAAUAAUAAUAAAGACUCUGUAGAAGUUAGCUUAUAUAACAAUGCAAAUAAUAGAAUUUUCAAGAAAACCUGUUUAGAUAUAAGUCAUGAAACAAAUAGAUACUUAAGAAUUUGCAAUGAUAUUUCAAAUUACCAUAUCAAAUGGUUGUAAUUUUAAAAAGUUAUAGGUAAGUGUACAACUUUUGUUACCUAUGUUAUUAUACCUUACUUGUUUUUGUUACCAUGAACAACUGUAUGCAUUUAUUGUAAUAGCUAUUGCAUGAUUAUAUUUUUGUUAACAUUUUAUUAAAAAUACAUACUUACGUUCUUAAAA